AUGAUAGGGAUAAAUGUGCCCAGAAGCACUCUAAAGAGUGCUUGUCGGGGCAGUAUGGGACGUCGUGUGAUGACACGUCCGCUUAUGGGGUUUGUCAGGAACGCAUUGGGGUUGGAUCCUCCGGCUUCGCCGGACGAUCCAACACCGGAGAACCGAUUUCAUCCUUGGGACCAGUCGCCCUCGCCAGACUUGAGAGAGCGGGCAGCAAGGAUCAAGGCGAUUGCCAAGUGUCCAGUAACGCACAAGGACAUUGCGUUCACGUGUCCAUACUCGGGGAUUCCGACUCACCACUCGAAAGAGGCGUGGGAGCAAGAUACGGAGUACCACUCGAGCAAAAGGUACGAGUUGUUGAAGAAGGUGAACAUAUACGAGCACGAUUUGAGAUCAGGGAGACCAUUCCCGGAGUUUGACUUCCCACAGGAGCAGGACUACGACCGGAUGGUGAACAUGACGAAUUGGGACUUGUUCUUUUACACGCGUUCGUUCUACUCGAUGGACACGGAAUUCCAGCUCGCAGCGGUGACGAAGAUGUUGAGUUAUCCGAUCACGAUCGGGUCGGUGUUGCACCAGUACUCGCCAUACUCGUUGAACCCCAAGGGGCCUGUGACGUUGGAAGGUUUGAAGUCGCUGGCCGCGCUUCGCUACACGUUAUAUCCGGAACAAUCGGGCAGAUACAGGGCCGGUCAGGACACCCCAUUGAGAAUCUUCAUCUUGGGGACCAGGGCCGAAGCUCAGCUCCCAGGCCACGUCUGGAAACAGUUGCAGUACUUAUUCCCAGAGACAAACAUAGAGUUGCACUUUGUUGGGCCUGAGUCGCUCUACGACAAGGAAAAGAGGGGAUACGUGCAAUCGGCUACAGAAACCGUGGUCAAGCGUAUCGACGAGUCGAUGCAAUUGUUCUACCACACAGACUUCUUCCACGUCUUCCACGAAGCUCAGGACUUCUUCCCAUACGACCCCUACAACGACGUCUUCUUCUGCUUCCACCCUGGUUUCGCAGCUCCAGAAACUAAAGAGUACUGGAUGGGCGACACAAUGAAGGCAUUACUACAAACCAAAUGUGCUGUGUUUACCACUGGGUUCUCAAAGCAGGACUUGCUCAGAGACAUUAACAUUGUGCAGGACCAGUACGGUGACGAAUUAGACAUUCUAAUGGACCCCGUCCCAAACACCUUUGGCAGUACCAAGUGGGAGUUGAACGACAGCAACCCUCACGAAGUGUACCAAUUCAACCAGUACAUCGCUGGUUUCAGAGGUAAAAGAUAUCACGCCAUUGAGUUGUGA